AUGGUUUUGGACUUUGAUACAACAGCAACUACGACUACUACAACGCCACCAUCACCACUAUCAUCAUCCACCUCAACAACAGAUAGACUGCUUGUUGGAGGCAAAUUCAUUGCGUAUUAUCAACAUGGCAACAAAACAAUCACAGAGCACGUGUUUCAAGAUGCGAGUUUGGAAAUAGUUGAUGCAAAAGCACCGUUCUCAUACGAGCUGGUUGUUACGCAUACGCCAUCAUCACCAUCCGCCACUGCUCAAGCCCUUUGUUAUGACAAAGAGCAAAGAUUUUCAUUGUUACCGGAACUACAACUCUCCAUCCAUGAAGGCUAUGAUGAUCCAGAGGACGUGCCGCCAUCACUAACUUGGGUGGAUGCAGAAUUUGGUGAGGCAUUUGAAUUCGUCUGCAGACCAUCAUGCAUUGAGCAAAAUGAACUACAGAGCUUUGUCAAGGUGAUACGCCAAUGCAUGUUCGAGCAUGCUUUUCAAAAGAGUCACAAGCUUAUGACAUCUGAAGAUGCCUGUCAAUUCGAGCUGCCUGUCUUCAACCCACCUCUCGGGUCUCAUCGAUUAGCCAAAAAUACGAUUGCUGAUCACCACAAGCUGUCAACAACAAAUCGCCUACAAAGCAAGCGACAUCUUCAGCUACCCAAGAUACAAUUUCUUCCACCCGCUGGUAGUGAGCCACCUGCCGAACCAGAGAACUUUCUUGCCAGCAUACAGGCCGAUCUAUUUUUAUUUGAGAAUGACAAUGAGCGCUAUGUCCCUCUCGAAGCAGGGGUGGAUGUCGACCUGGUUAACUAUGACCCAUUUCAUUAUUGGAUCCUCAUCCAAGGCGAUAGUAUUCCUCCCAUAUCUCAUCCCAUAGAACCUCGAACAAAUCCAAACUUCAACAAGGAAGAUAAAGUUGUUACCUGGAACUACUAUGAGAAUAAUCGGUGCUAUUCAUUACUACUCAAGAUCAUUGAAGAGGAGGAUUGGCAUGAAUUCGCGGGAGCUUUUGGUCAAUGCAUCUUUGAAACCUUCAGCCACGUGCCAUUUUCUAAAUCAUGCAAAGGCAAUCAAGACUUUGUUAUCAAUGCUCACGAAAACAACGUGCCCUUUGAUUGGCGAGAUUCGGAUGACGAUGAUUGCUCUAGUGAAGGAGAGGCAGAGGAUGAAGAUUUGGAUUACGUGGAGGAAGCUUCUUUGAGCGAAGAUGCUCAACGAUUUUUCAGUAAUGAAGCCAAGAACAGCAGCAUGGUUCUCAGCUUCAAGGACAAUAACUCAUGCUUUGUCUUUCGGGGAGGCGAGAUGGGCAUCUUUUCGAAGCGAGACGACCAACAGCAAAUUACGUUAUCGCAUACUGCCAAGAUGAUAUUGAAGGAUGGAAGGCAUUUACGGCAAGCAAUCCCAUAUCUUGGCGAAUCAUCGAUCCUGCUAGUGGAUUCUGAAAACCAAGUAUCACAUCUGGAUCUGGAAUGCGAGCAAAUUGUGAAUGAAUGGAAAGCGGGCGGAGAUGAUCCAUUGAUUUCUCUUGCACCAAGCUCCAAGUACGCACAGGCAACGGAUGAGCCAACAUUGAUUGGUAUUUCCUCGAAUGCUGUGUUCCGCCUUGAUCCACGGCUUGAUGGCUCGCACAAGGUGGUGGAAGAUGAAUGCAAGAAGCAUAUCGCCAAAACCCAAUUUUCGGUAGUAGCAACUUCUCAACAAGGCUACAUUGCUGUAGGGAGUCGUAAAGGAGAUAUUCGGUUAUUCGAUCAGCUCGGCUGCAUGGCCAAAACUACAUUACCCCCUCUUGGUGCACCCAUUCUCGCCUUGGAUAUUUCAUCCGAAAGUCGUUAUGUCCUUGCAACUUGCAGUCAAUAUCUCAUGCUCUUUGACGUAUCUAAUGGACACGGCCAAUUGGGUUUUAACAAGGCGUUCGAUAGCAAUGAGAAGCCUAUUCCACGACUACUCAAGCUGCGUCCAGAACAUAUCGUCUACAUGGAUCAACCCGUUUCAUUUACCAAAGCAACAUUUGAUGUUGGUGACAAAGGAGAUAAAUACAUUAUUGCGUCAACAGGACCCUAUGUGGUAUUGUGGAAGCUGAGCGACGUGUGCAAAGGAAGAACAUACGAUUAUACAAUGCAGAAAUUCGACAAGCCUGUCGUAGCUGCUGGAUUUCAUUACCAAAAGCGGGAUAAGAUCAUUGUCACGUUGGAAGAUGACGUUCUGCUGACAUCUCGCUCUCAACAAAAGUUACCAUCAACCCGGCUUUUCCUGCUGCCUGGACAAGCAACUCGGCCAUCGGCAACGCAAACAGCAAGGAGCUCGUCAUGA